AAUGCCGUUACACCGUCCUUCACUGCAAGUGGUACCGGCUUUUGUUGUAGAGAUGUCAUCUGAUAUCAGUCGAUGCUUAAGACUCAGGAUGGAGUCGUCAUGAGCUUCUAACUCUGGAGAGUGUGAACAGCUAAGAUUUAAACAUGCUGCCAGGAGUUGCUGCUGCUGCCUGCAGUUCUCUGAAAUGGACUUUCCCUCGCUGGAAAGCCACUCUUUACAGAACUCAUUGUCCAUCAGAGCCAGGGAAAUGGCUACUGGGAACUACAGUUCAAAGCAGGGCUCAGAGAUGGACUGUUGCACCAUCAAUGAGGAUAAACCAGAAGCCAGUAUUUGCCAGAGCUCCAUCAUUUGCAGAAAAGCUUGCAAUCAUAGACAGCAGUGGCAGCCACAGCUACAAGCAGCUAUACUGCAGCAGCGUAGGUCUUGCAAGUAGAAUCAGUGCGGCUCUGAACUCUGAAUUUGGUCGUCUGGAAGGAAAGCGAAUCUCCUUCCUGUGUGCUAAUGAUGCUUCCUACACAGUGGCACAGUGGGCAGCUUGGAUGAGUGGCGGGACAGCAGUGCCACUCUACCGAAAACACCCUCCAUCUGAACUGGAAUACAUAAUCUCUGAUUCCCAGAGUUCACUGCUUGUGGCAGCGCAUCCCUACACUGAAACCCUUGAGCCACUGGCACAGAAACUGGGGCUGCCAUGCCUGACACUUCCCCCUACUUCUAACCUGGGUGCUUUACAUGAGGCAGACAAACGAGAAGAAGACACAGCCGUCGCAGACUGGGCUGAUCGACCGGCUAUGAUCAUCUACACCAGCGGUACCACAGGGCGACCCAAAGGAGUUCUACAUACACACAGCAACAUCCAAGCCAUGGUCCAGUGUCUGGUUUCGGAGUGGGCGUGGUCCAGAGAGGAUGUCAUCCUCCACACCUUGCCGCUCCACCAUGUGCAUGGCAUCGUCAACAAACUGCUGUGCCCUCUCUGGGUGGGCGCCACCUGCAUCAUGCUCCCUGAAUUCCAGCCUCAGAAGGUGUGGGAGAUGCUGUUGAGCUCCAAGGCUCCGAUGGUUAAUGUGUUCAUGGCCGUGCCAACUAUUUACUCUAAGCUGAUCCAGCACUAUGACCAGCACUUCACACAGCCUCAUGUGAAGGACUUUGUCAAAGCAGUCUGCAAAGAAAGGAUCAGGUUGAUGGUCUCUGGCUCGGCUGCUCUCCCUUUGCCCACUCUGCAGCGCUGGGAGGAGAUUACAGGCCAUACACUGCUGGAACGCUAUGGCAUGACUGAGAUCGGCAUGGCCAUGUCCAACCCCCUCAAGGGCUCACGUGUCCCAGGGGCUGUGGGGUUGCCUCUUCCUGGUGUGGAGGUUCGGAUUGUCAUGAAUAACACAACCAACACCACAAUUGUGGAGGGAACUCACAGAGAGACUCAGGUGCAUCCAGGCCUGGAGGGAAAAGAAGGGGAGCUCCUGGUUCGAGGUACAUCUGUCUUUAAAGAGUACUGGAACAAACCUCGGGAGACCGCUGAGUCCUUCACUGAUGAUGGCUGGUUCAAAACAGGCGACACGGCAGUCUAUAAAGACGGUGUUUAUUGGAUUAUGGGCCGCAGCAGCGUUGACAUCAUCAAGAGUGGCGGCUACAAGAUCAGUGCACUCGAGGUGGAGCGUCAACUCCUGGCUCAUCCAGACAUCAUAGAUGUGGCUGUGAUUGGGGCACCAGAUGCAACAUGGGGUCAGAAAGUCACCGCUGUGGUACAGCUGAAGAAGGGGCGGAGGAUGACCUUGCCAGCAUUGAAGACGUGGGCAAGGGAGCACAUGGCGCCCUACACCAUUCCUACAGGCCUGGUGCUGGUGGAGGAGAUGCCGAGGAAUCAGAUGGGCAAGGUCAACAAGAAGGACCUCCUGCGACACUUUUUUACAUGACUAGACAACUUUGAUGUGUAUGACAACAUACAGGUUCCUGGUUAAAGAACUGCAGGCGUACAUCAGUCCCUGGCUGUGGCCUUCUGGUCAGAUAAACAGGAAAAUAUUUAGAGGAAAUUCAAAAUAAUGGAUAAACAUCUCAUGGAAAGUGAUCUAACUUUUGAGGUUUUUUAAUCAAUACUGCAAACACUGCGGCAAAGGUAAUUCUAUUACACUGAAUAUCAAUUGUCCCAGUCAUUCUUCCUUUGGUUUCUGAGUAAAUGUUCUGGAAGGAAUCAGUUUAUGUUAUGUGCUUGAAAACAUCCAUCCAUUAUCUGUACACCACUUAAUCCUCACUAGAGGUGGGGGGUGGGGUGGCUG